GCGCCGCGAUGCGCAGAGGGGCCGCGCCGCCCAGGGGCCGCCGCCGCCGCCGCCGCCGCGCCGCACCAUGAAGCUCCGCAACAAGGCGGCGGCGCUGCUCCUGCUCGCGCUGGCCGCGCUCCUGCUCGCGGGGCUGUCCCUGCGCGCCCGCCGCGGCGCGCCCCCCGCGCCGCUCGCUCGCCCCGCGUCCGCCCCGCCGCGUCGCCCCGCGCCGGCCCCCGCGCGCCUCCCGGGCCCGGGUGCCCUCCCGGGGGCGGUCCAGAGCGCUCGCCGGCGCCGGCCUCCGCGUCCGCGCCCCCGAGCCAGCCGUCGGGGCGCCGAGAGCCUGAAGAAGUUGGCGAGGAGGCCUGGAGAACUCCGGAGUUUCCAAGCUGUGCUGCCCCCCGAGCUCUGGAUCCACCUGGCCGUGGUGGCCUGUGGCAAUCGGCUGGAGGAGACGCUGGUCAUGCUCAAAUCGGCCGUGCUCUUCAGCCACAGGAAGAUGCGAUUUCACAUCUUCACCGAAGAAUCUCUGAAGUCCGAGUUUGACAAGCAGGAUAAAUUCUCAGAAGUGGAGUUACUGUGGCACUGGGAAGGCAUUAACUAAAAAGAAUUAAGAAGAUACACAGAUACGUAUGCAAAUAAGCAUAUGAAAAGGAUGCUCAAGAUCACAUGUCAUUAAGGAAUUGCAAAUUAAAAUGAUGAGAUACAGCUACAUACCAUUAGAAUUGCUAAAAUCCGUAACACUGAUAACACCAGAUGCUGAAGCGGAUGUGGAACGACAGGAGCUCUCACUCAUUGCUGGUGGGAAUGCAAAAUGGUACAGCCACUUGGGAAGAUGGUUUGGCAGCUCCUUAGAAAGUUAAAUGUAGGCUGACCAUACAAUCUGGUAAUCGCACUCCUUGGUAUUUACCCAAAUGAACUGAUAAAUUGUCCACACAGAAACCUGCACAUGAAUGUUUAGAGCAGCUUUAUUCCUAGUCACCCCAAACUGGAAGCAGCCAAGAUGUCCUUCAAUAGAUGAAUAGGCAAGCAAACUGUGAUAUGUUUAUACGAUGGAAUAUUGGUCAGUGAUAAAAAAAAUAAGCUGUGAGGCUACAGAAAGACAUGGAGGAACUUUAAAUGCAUAUUGCCAAGGAGAAAAGCCAAUCUGAAAAGACUGUAUGCUGUGUGAUUCCAACCAUAUCACAUUCUGGAAAAGACAAAACUGAGAGACAGUAAAAAGAUCAGUGGUUGCCAGUAGUUCAGAGAUGAAAAGGAGGGAGGAGGGAUGAGUAGAUGGAACAGAGGGGAUUUUUAGGGCAGUGGAACUAUGCUGUAUGAUACUAUAAUGGUAGACACAGAACAUCAUGCAUUUGUCAAAACCUGUAAAAUUACACAACACAAAGAAUGAACCCUAAUGUAAACUGUGUAUUGAUAUUGGUUCUUAACAAUGUAUUGAUAUUGGUUCAUCGGUUGUAACAAACGUACCACAUUAAUGCAAGAUGUCAAUGAUGGGGAAACUGGGGGGUGGGAGGGGAAGGAGAGAGGGUAUAUGGGAACUGUCUCUGUACUUCCUGCUCAAUUCUGUAACCAUAAA